AUGGGAAGGGACUGUACUGGGUACAACAUAUCUUCCCAGAGAAGAUCUUGGCCACUGUGGAUGACAAUCCUUAUUUUUCUUGGAGUGAUGACAAUCUUGGCAGUAAUUGGUCUCAUUGUCCAUUUUCUGGCAGUUGGAAAGACUUACUAUUACCAAGGUGAUUUUCAUAUUUCUGGAGUCAUAUACAAUGAUAAUUGUGAAAAAGCAGUUUCACAAGUCAGCACAGAUCUGAGAAAAUAUAUUGAGACUAAGAUGUCUGAUGCAUUUCAAAAUUCUGGUGUAUAAGAGUAUAUCAACUCUCAAGUCAUCAAACUUCUUUCUUAUCCCAAUGGUUCAAGUUUACAGUUACAGUUGACAUUCAAGUUUCCUCCAGCAAAAAAGAAUAGCAUGAGGACUAAAAUUAAGGCUAUCUUACAUCUGAUGUUGAAGGACAACAUGGCAUCUUGGAAUGCAGUUCCCACUUCCAUCAAACUUAUAGAAAUCAGCAAGGCUAAUGCUGAAAUGCUUACCAAUAACUGUUGUGGGGGACGACUGACCAACAGUAUCACAGCAGGCAACCGAAUUGUGAAUGGGGAAAAUGCCUUGACGGGGGCCUGGCCAUGGCAGGCAAGCAUGCAGUGGAAAGGCCAACACCACUGUGGUGUUUCUCUGAUCAGCAGUAGGUGGCUCCUAUCUGCAGCUCACUGCUUUGCUAAGAAAAAUAAUUCAGAAGAUUGGACUGUCAACUUUGUAACUAUAGUAAAUAAACCAUAUAUGACACAGAAAGUCCAAAACAUUCUUUUUCAUGAAAAUUAUAGCAGAGCUGGGGUUCAUGAUGAUAUUGCCCUUGUGCAGCUUGCUGAAGAAGUCUCUUUUACAAAGUACAUUCAUAGGAUUUGUUUUUCUGAAGCCAAAAUGAAGCUCUCAGAAAAUGACAGUGUUGUAGUUACAGAAUGGGGAACACUUUAUAUAAAUGGUUCUCUUCCAGUGAUACUUCAGCAGGCUUUUUUGAAGAUUACUGAUAACAUAGUUUGCAAUGCUCCACAUGCAUUGUCUGGCUUGGCAACUGAUACAAUGCUGUGUGCUGGAUUUAUGUCAGGAGAAGCUGAUGCCUGUCAGAAUGAUUCUGGUGGACCACUAGCUUAUCCCAACUCUAGGAAUAUCUGGCACCUUGUUGGAAUAGUAAGCUGGGGUGAAGGAUGUGGGAAAAAGAAUAAACCAGGUGUCUAUACUUGAGUGACUGCUUAUCGUGGAUGGAUUACCUCCAAGACUGCACUCUGAAAGAGAAGUAACUUUGAAAUGGAACAAAAAGACAACUAUAGGGUAUUCUUAUCCAUUGCUUCAAAAUCUUUUUCUUUUGAUUGUUGGUAUACCAAUCAUUUUCUUAUAUACAAAUGCAUAAAGGUCUUGAUUAAUGUUUUAUUUUAUC